GGAGCUGGGGGCGGCGCGGCGCGGAGGCAGGAGAGCCCGCGGGGUCCCUGCCCGGGAGCCGGGGGUGGGAGGCCCGAGGGAGGCGCCCGGCCUGGAGCGGGCCCAUCCCGGCCGGCCUUGGGAGCCCGGGGGAGGGAGGCGAGCGAUCGCAAAGGGACACCCAGCCCGUUCCGGGCCCCAGCCGCCCUUCGAACCGCGGCGGGACGUGGUCCCCACUUCCUGAGCCACAGUGCGGACCACAACCCCUUCAUCUGAGCCCCAGUGCGGACCCCGAGCUGCCCUCGCGAGUCUCGGGGUGGCGGGUAUCCCUCAGGCCCCUUCUCUGGGCCCCACGGUCCCCUCAGCCCCCGGUCCCCUCGCAGCCCCGGGCAGACCUUUUCCGCUCUCCUCUCUGAAUGGCCAGGGAGAACACCCCCGCCCCCCACUUUCCGGAAUUCCAGCAGGUCCCCAGCUUCCUUGUUCUGAACCCCAGUCAGGACUUUGCUGAUCCCUCUCUGUUAAAGCUGGGGGUGGGAGGCUGUGGUUCCUACUGCCUCUCUGAGACUCAGAAGUAAUUCUGACCUCCCAUUCGAAACCCCUGCACCCCAGUUUUUCCUCUUCUGAACCCCAGAGGGGACCCAGCUCCUUCUCAGACUCUGAGCCCGAAAGAAGCCAGGAAGCAUCCCCCUCGCCACCCACACACAGGACGACCUCAGCUCCCCUUCCUGAGGACCCCAAACUCUGAGCCUUAGGGGGAAGCUCGGAUCCUUCCCCCCGCCCCAGGAACACAGUUUCCCUGUGGAAACACAGGUUCCUCCCAGUGGGGACCCCAGAGCAGCCCCUCAGAGCUUCCGCAGACCGUCACUUCCUUCUUCUGUAGCCCUCCCACCUCCGCUCCAGGGUACCCAGGUUCUAGCCCUGAGGCUGGGGGAACUUUGCCUUUCUCUGGUCCCAUCUUCUUUGCUGAGCUUCUCUGGGUACCUGCCCCCCGGGAAUCUCAGAGGCUUCUCAGCUCAGGAUCUAGUAUUUUCUCUGUAUAGUAUAUUAUCUAGUAUAUUAAGACUCGGAGGUGACCUCGACUUCCCCACCUGAGGUUCCUGGGGGGACUCAGACCUUCCCUUUUCCGAGCCCCUCACCCCCGCUGCCAGACCCCAGGCGCGCCCCUCCCCCCCGCACCCACCCCCAGGAGCCCGCCUCAGCUCUGCCCUCUCGGGCCCUGAGCCCCACCGCCCGCCAGGCGCGAUGAUGAUGUGGUCCAACUUCUUCCUGCAAGAGGAGAACCGCCGGCGGGGCGCCGCGGCCCGGCGGCGGGCUCGCGGGCAGCCCAACGCCCAGAUGACCCCGGAGCGCGAGGGCAAGAUCAAGCUGGCGCUGCUGCUGACUUCCGUGGGCGCCACGCUGGCCGUGCUGGCCGUCGGCACCGAGUUCUGGGUGGAGCUCAACACCUACCGGGACAACGGCAGCGCCGUCUGCGACGCGGCGCACUUGGGCCUCUGGAAGAUGUGCACCAAGCGACUGUGGCAGGCGGACGUGCCCGCGGGCAGAGACACCUGCGGGCCCGCGGAGCUGCCCGGAGAAGCAAAUUGCACUUACUUUAAAUUCUUCACCACGGGAGAGAAUGCACACAUCUUCCACAGAACCACAAAGAAAGAGGUGAAUCAGGCAGCUGCAGUGAUAGCAGUGCUAGGCUUGGCACUUAUGGCCCUGGGGUGCCUCUGUAUCAUCAUGGUGCUCAGCAAAGGUGCAGAGUUCCUGCUCCGGGUUGGAGCCGUCUGCUUUGGCCUCUCAGGCCUGCUGGUCCUCGUCAGCCUGGAGGUCUUCCGGCAUUCCGUGCGAGCCUUGAUGCAGAGGGUCAGCCCCGAGCCCCCUGAGGCCCCGGCCCUGACCUACGAGUACUCCUGGUCCCUGGGCUGUGGCGUGGGGGCCGGCCUGAUCCUGAUGCUGGGAGGUGGCUGCUUUCUGCUGCUCACCCUGCCUCCCGGACCCUGGAGUCCCCUCUGUCCCAAGUGGGGCCAGCGGGCCCCCUAGCGCCACCGUCCUGCGUUCUCUCAGCAACUUCCCAACGCUACUCUGCCCUCCCCACCAUCCCCUUUGCAUCUUUCACUCCGUGCCCCAGAGAGACUGUGUUCUCUGGACUCUGGGGCCCACGCUGUUUGCACAAACCUGCCCCUCCCCCUCGUAAAUACCUUUUUCCUCUGUAAA